CCAAAGUCACACAACCGGUGUGGAAGCCAGAACCCUGGCGGGAUCCUCCACCUUUUGCACCCAGGUGCACCUUCCGGACACUUGGCCCUUCAAGCUUGGAUCGGAACCAAAUCUCCCAGCCCUCGAGGAAUCUGCAUCCAGGGGAGGAUCGCAAGCUGGAUCACCCGGGUACCGCGUCUCUGGAACCCAAGGCGCUGAGUCAGCGUAACCCGAGCAGCCUAGUGACCGAGAAGCCCCCGCCCCCGGCUUGUGCCCCGCCCCGAGAGAGAGAGCCAGCCCCCGCGGCCAAGCUCAGCCGGAGUGCGCGACAGCUAGGCCAAGCGACAGCGCGGCCGCCCAGGGCGCAGCAUGACGGCCAUCGGCACGCAGGCCCAGAAGCUGUUGGGCCCUAAGAGGCCCCAUUGGUCUUUCUUUGAGUCCUUCAUCCGGACCCUCAUCAUCGUGUGCACUGCCUUGGCUGUGGUCCUCUCUUCAGUCUCCAUCUGCGAUGGCCACUGGCUCCUAUCGGAGGAUCGUCUCUUUGGGCUGUGGUCCUUCUGUACCACCGGCAACCACAGCGGACCACAGUGUAUGAGAGACUUGAGCCAGACCCACGUGCCCGGGCUGGCUGUGGGCAUGGGCCUGGCACGCAGCGUGGCUGCCAUGGCCGUGGUGGCUGCCAUCUUUGGCUUGGAGCUGCUCAUAGUGUCCCAGGUGUGUGAGGAUGUCCACUCACGGCGCAAGUGGGCCAUCGGCUCCUACCUCCUCCUGGUCGCCUUCAUCCUCUCCUCUGGGGGUCUCCUCACCUUUAUGAUCCUCCUCAAGAGCCAGCUCACCCUCCUGGGCUUCACUUUAAUGUUCUGGUGUGAGUUCACGGCCUCCUUCCUCUUCUUCCUCAACGCCACCAGCGGCCUUCACGUUAACAGCCUCACUCAGCCCUGGGACCCUUCAGGGGAGACCCUGGCUUCUUUAAGAAUGCACGAUCAUGACGGGACUCUCUAACAUAUGACCUCUGGCUGGGAUUGCGUGAGACAACCGACGACCUUGAAGCUGCCACUUCUGCACUUAGCUCUAGACAUGGCCCUGGGGAAUCUCUUCAGCUGGCCUCCAGGAGGAGUGGCACAGCACCACAGCACAGCAAGUUGGAUAGGUUAGCCAAGCUAUUAUGAUGUCAAUUCUAAAAUAAGAAUAUCCUAAAAUGCC